CGGCGGCGUGGCCUGGCACUGGACGCUGCGCCGGCAGCGGUGGCAGCGGGCGCUGAGCCUCCACCCGGCGCCCCCCGCGCUGCCCCCCGGCAGCUCCAGCCCCGCCGUCUCCCCCGACCUCUUCUGGGGCACCUACCGGCCCCACGUCCUGUUCGGCAUGAAGACCCGCAGCCCCCGCAGCCUCGUCACAGGGCUGAUGUGGUUGGCGCAGGAGCCGGGGGGCGGGCACCGGCUGCGCCACACGUGCGAGCAGAGCGAGGGGCUGGGCCCCUUCACCUGGGAGCGGCACGACGGGCGCAGCUUCGGCCGCCAGCGCAUCCGCGACGGCCCGCUCCUCCUCACCACCGAGUUCCUCAAGCGGCCGGGCGGCCGCCACGGGGGCGACUGGAGCUGGAGGGUGACGGCCCGCACCCAGGGCGCGGGGGCCCCGGCGCUCCUGUCCCUCUUCUUCUACGCGGCCACGGACGGGCAGGGCCGGCUGCGGGCCGAGCCGGCGGCCGGGGCGCGCGGCCGCACCGAGGAGCUGGGGGACUUCCGCCUCACGCUGCUGCCGCCCACGGACGCGGACGGCGCCGAGCCCCGCCACGCCAGCUACGACGUCUUCUCGGGGCCCAGCCCGGGGCUGCACCUGUUGACGGAGGCCGUGAGGAGCCGGCUGAGCCGCUGGGCCCAGCACCGCGCCCCGGGCGGCCCGGCCCGCCGCUACCUGGGGCUGGCGGGGGGCCCGGCCGCGGCGGCGGCGGAGGAGGAGGACGACGACGGGGACCCCCCGGCCCGCGGCCGGCUGCUGGUGCACCAGGUGACCCUGGCCCCGCCGGCCCGCGUGGAGCUGGUGUUCGAGUCGGGCAGCGCGGCCGCGGGGCGGCGGGGCCGGCUGGCCGGGGCGGCCCUGAGCGAGGGCCUGGCCCGCCGCGGGGCCGCCUUCGAGCGGCGCUUCGAGGCCGCGUUCGGGCUGGAGGCCCGCGGCCUGGGUCCCGCCGAGCGCGAGCUGGGCCGGGUGGCCCUGAGCGGCCUGCUGGGCGGCAUCGGCUACUUCCACGGCCGCGGGCUGGUCCUGCCGGACCCCGGCGGCGAGGAGGAGGAGGAGGAGGAGGAGGAGGAGCGGGCCCCGGCGCCCUUCCCGGAGACGCCCCUGUUCACGGCGACGCCGUCGCGCUCCUUCUUCCCGCGGGGCUUCCUGUGGGACGAGGGCUUCCACCAGCUCCUGGUGCAGCGCUGGGCCCCGCGCAUGAGCCGCGAGAUGCUGGCCCACUGGCUGGACCUCCUCAACGCCGACGGCUGGAUCGGGCGCGAGCAGGCCCUGGGCGACGAGGCCCGGGCCCGGGUGCCCCCCGAGUUCCUGCCCCAGCGGGCCGCCCACGCCAACCCGCCCACCCUGUUCCUGCCCGUGGAGCGCAUGCUGGAGGAGGAGGAGGGGGGGCGGGAGGAGGACGGGGCGGAGGAGCGGGAGGACUUCCUGCGCCGGGCCUUCCCCCGCCUCCUGGCCUGGUUCUCGUGGCUGAACCGCACGCAGGCCGGCCCGCGGCCCCUGUCGUACCGCUGGCGGGGCCGGGACCCGGCCUCCCGCCGCUUCCUCAACCCCAAGACCCUGCCGUCGGGCCUGGACGACUACCCGCGGGCCUCGCACCCGUCCCCCGAGGAGCGCCACCUGGACCUGCGCUGCUGGCUGGCCCGGGCGGCCGCGGUCCUGGCGCGGCUGGCCGAGCGGCUGCGGGCGGGCGAGGCGGCCGGGCUGCGGGGGCUGGCCGAGGCCCUGGGCCGGGAGGACGGGCCCCACGGCCUGGCCGCCCUGCACUGGGCCGAGGAGCUGGGCGCCUUCGCCGACUACGGCAACCACACGCCCACGGCGCGGCUGGUCCCGGCCCCGCCCGGGCCCCCGGCCCCCGGCGGGGGCCCCCCGCGGGCCCCGGGCCUGGUGCGGGUGGCGGGCCGGACGCCCCCGCGGCCGCGCUACGUGGACGCCCUGGGCUACGUCAGCCUGUUCCCGCUGCUGCUGCGCCUGCUGGAGCCCGGGUCGCCGCGGCUGGGCGCGCUGCUGGACGCGGCGGAGGACGGGGCCCGCCUCUGGACGCCCUACGGCCUGCGCUCGCUGGCCCCCGCCAGCCCCCUCUACGCCCGCCGCAACACGGAGCACGACCCCCCGUACUGGCGCGGGGCCGUGUGGCUCAACGUCAACUACCUGGCGCUGGGGGCCCUGCGCCACUACGGCGCCCGCGGGGGCCCGCACGCCGCCCGCGCCGCCCGCCUCUACGCGGCCCUGCGCCGGCACGUGCUGGACAACGUGGCCCGCCAGUACCGGGCCACGGGCUACCUGUGGGAGCAGUACGGCGACCGCGACGGCCGCGGCCAGGGCUGCCGCCCCUUCCAGGGCUGGACCAGCCUGGUGCUGCUCAUCAUGGCCGAGGACUACUGACCCGCCCGCCGGGCCCCGCUCUAUUUUUCUACAAUAAAAGGGGGAGGCCCCCCCCCUCACCGAU